GACCCCGAGGGGAAAUAGAUUCUGCUAGCUAUCAAACUAAGAAGAUAAACAAGGGAGGCGCUGACCCUGUAUACCUGUGAAUUAUGAAGAUCACGAGCCAGCGAUAACUUGACACGUUUUUGUGUCAUUAUCCUGGUAUACAAGAUAUAGCGGCCAUUGUGCUGACAGUUUGAUGGAGAUGGCUGUUUGUGUGUUGGUAGUUAUGUGGAGGCCAGAAUAAUCUCUGAUCAUUUAUCCACACCCGUCAUGGAAGAAUAUUUAAAGUUUACAAAGGACGCUCAGCAUCACCUGUCUUCCUACCAGAAGGUCCAUGUUGUCCUUGGCAACGAGGCAUGUGACCUUGACUCCGCUAUAGCAGCUGUAGUGUAUAGUUAUUACCGUCACAGGACUCUGACAGACAAUGGUUGCCUGGUCGUUCCUGUGUUAAAUAUACUGAGGAAAAAAUACCGUCUGCGGACAGAGACUACAUUCCUCCUAGGCCAGCAAGGCAUCUCGGCUGACCUUUUAACCUUUCGAGAUGACCUUGACCUGUCAGCCCUAUACAGCUCUAAGUGUUUAGUGUUGACCCUGGUGGAUCACAAUGUUCUGACGGCAACAGAUGCUGCGUUGGAAGAUGCUGUUACCAUGGUGAUUGAUCAUCGUCCUCGACAGCGACCAGAAAAUGACAAAGUACAGGUUAUCAUGGAUACCGUUGGAUCUUGUUGUACUUUAAUUGCUGAAGAGCUCCUGGUAAACAAUAACGAUGGGUUUGUCAUGGACCAGGAGGUAGCGGUUCUACUGUACGGAACAAUUCUGGUUGACACAAUUAAUCAGAACCCAGCUGCAGGGAAGACUACACCGCGAGACACUGCAGCCAUACAGACUCUGGAGGGCUGGGUCCCUAGUGACAAGGGGAGAGAACUCUAUACACAGCUACAGGCAGCAAAGUUUGACUUGACAGGACUUACCACUACCGAUAUACUGGAGAAAGAUUUGAAGAUUGUGACGGGCAGUUCUCGUGUGGUUGCUAUGGCAUCUGUUUCCAUGGAAAUGCGAGAGUUCCUCAGGAGGGACGAUUUCCUACAAGAGUACCAGGCCUUUCUCUCUGACAAAGGAGCAACCAUGGUGGUUGUCAUGACUCUGUAUGAGGAGGUUCCAGGGGAGCCACGACGACAGCUGGCCGUGUGUGCGUCGGACCGUGACUUAGUACUCCAGCUCUCAUCACAACUAGUGAAUUCUGUUGACCCAGAUCUUGGUCUGUCAGAGUUACCUCCCCCUGUCGGCCUUGACGGAAUAAACUGUUAUAACCAGAAGAAUGUGAAGGCAUCCCGAAAGAAAGUUCUCCCUCUCGUAUUGCGAUUCUCCAACACUCCUUCUGAAGUCUCGAUCCCCGAUAAUAACACCAGUCAGAACUGUGAAACACGAAGUCAGGCAGCAAGUGAUAGAUAUUCCCACGUAGUCCCAACCUUAAACUUUGUCAACUUGGAUGACGACCUUGGAGAGUUGAAUGAAUCCGACGUUUUGGAGUCGCCACGCACACCAGAUAUCAUGGUAACGGGUUUAAACGGAUGUUCGGGAAAUUCCUCGGCAACUGCAUCCCGUCCCGGAUCAGGUUUUCCCAGUUAUCCUGUCACACCGCCCAACAGCUUCAUGGACGGUGGGUUUAUGGGUAAAGAACAUUCCUUACCAAGUUUUAAUAGUUCUGAAAUGCUGAGGAAGAUUCAGGAUAAGAAGGCUUUACUUUCGGCCAGCAGCGGCAAUCCGUCCUGUAGUGGAUCGGCAGGUAAUAGUGUGCCCUACACCCCGCAAAACAGCGUCAUUGAUGGAGGAUUUGAUUGGUACGCCAAAGAGCAAAACCUACCCAGCUUCAACAGCUCAGACAUGGUACAGAAGAUACAACAGAAAAGAUCAUCAAUGGGAGAUAACUCCGAUUUUAGUAUUGGCGGUGAUAUAUUGAUGUCGCAAGGCGGCAAACCUAAUGACUUUGUGCCAUUUACUCCACAGAACAGCUUCAUGGAGAACAAGUUCCAUGCCUACAUGGAUAAAUCUGUAGAUCCAAGUCUGCUUAGCUCACAUCUAGAGGCCAUUAAAGGUCACAGGUCAGAGGUCAGAAAUCAUAGCCCCGAGGUUGUGACCUCUAGUCAGAAAGUGAUUCAGUCCAGUUUCUUCAGUGAUAGUGUUACUGGGGUGUCUAACUCUGAUAGAGCUGAUAAUCUGAAGUCAGGGUCUAGCUGUGAACUUGAAUCUGACCAAGGUCAAAGUACAGGUGAUAUGAAUGUUAUUGCCAUGGAAAUAGCUUGUGCGAUGUUGAGAGACCAAGACGUAGGGAUGGAAUAUAACAAAUCAGAUUUGACCUUUGACAAGGAUGAUCCAGGUAACUAUGGUAACCAGGAAUCACAAGAAUAUCAAAGUCAAGGUCAUAAUACAGGAAACAUCAAACAAGGUGAAGGACAAUCUCCUCAAGGUGACCUGAGUGGAAAUCGGAGUAAAGGGUCAUGUGACGAUAUUCAGGAAGAGCGUGUGUUUAAGGAUUAUGUUUAUUCUUUGGCAGGACAGAUGAUAGCAAAUGCUGUAGAUGUAUUCCCCAAUAUGUCGAAUCCAAAUGUGGCAAAGAGCAUUAUGGGAAUUCUUCAACCCAGCAUGGGAGAGAACUCUUCUUAUCCUCUCGAAAUGGCAUUUAACAAAGGCUUAACAUUUCCAGUUCAGUUAAAGAAAACUCCAAGCUCAGCCUCCAUCACAGUUGAGACAGAUUACCUCUCCCGUAUUGACCCUCUCCAUGGUAACCUUGAUCUUUCAACCUCCAGUGAGAAGGAGGUCAUUGAAUGUACCAGUUUCAGGAAGAUAAGUGGUGACAAGGACCUAGAGGCUCUCAAAGAUAAAUCUUGGUUUGGUGUCGCUCAGCAUGCAGAGACCAUUCCAGGAAAUUCGGAACCUUACACAGCUGAGAACAGGGAAGCAUUGGAGGGAAAUAGUUCAUCAGAAUUACCUAAAAACUUUGAGACCUCUGACGAGAAAUGUUUCUCAGAAAUGCCCAGAAACUUUGAGGCCCUAGAGGAGGCAUCUGAGUCAAAUGUACCCAGAAAUGUAGAGGCUCUAAAGCAGAACUCAUUGGACAUAUUUGAUGUUCCAAAAAUCAAUGGGUCUUGUGAACCAAAUUUGCUACUGGAGAAUGAUUCUUCUGUGCACCCAAGCUGUGCUAACUCGGUAAAAAACUUGCAGAACAGACACGACGAGAAUGAGGUGUCGCCUUGUAGUGGUGAGGUGGCCAGCCUGUCAGCCUGUACCAGUGUGGAGGAAUAUGCUAGUCACCUCAUCAGGAACAUCUUGGCCACAGCUAUCACCACGGUGACACAGACGAAUCCUGAGCGGCCAGAGGCCACAGAAUUAGACGGAGCUGAAAAGAACGACAUCAGUAGUGAUAACAUAUCUGAAGAGAAAGACCAAUCAGAACACUCCGAUGAAAUGCAGGAGUUAUAUCCAAUGACAGAAGGUGGUAGCACCAGUGCUAAUAUACUGCCACUAGGUGGAGCCACCUGUACAUUAGCACCAGUAGAUGGCGCUUCAUCAGACAGUUCUGAUAGCUGUUCCACUACCACAGAAGGAAGUUACAGAAUCAUGAUGACUCCAGAUGUUGAAAAUCUCGAAGGUCAAGUGCACGUGGUCAGUCAAGAUAAAGGUCAUGAAGUGACCAGUAGUAGUAAAGGGCCUUUGAAUGACAGAAAGGUUCGAGGGCUUUCCAUUGAAGAAAUUGAGAAAUGGAAUGAGCAGGGAAACUCCAAUUCAGCUGUAAUGUGCAACGACCAAAUUGUACCGCAGGUUUUUGUUGAAAAUGAGGACAAAAUGUCUCAGAUGACUUCACAACAACAACCUGGGGAUAUCGAGCAUAAUAACAAUUCAGUGGAAAAUUCGUCUCACUCAGUCAACAUAUCAGGGGUCUCUAACAGUGGUUGUGAUUCUAAAGGAGAUAACUCUAGUCAAAUUAAUAAAUUAAGUAAAUUGCAGGGAGACAACUCUCUAAAUAAUGGUGCCAAACCUGAUGAUUAUUCUGAUCACAGUAAAGAGGAGUUCAAUAAUAUGCCAAAUCAUGAUACAGACAGCUGUAACAUCAAAGUGACAUCUAGUGAUAGCCUAAAUGAAAAGGGGGAUAACUCUGAACACAUGCCUGGCAGAAAGGCAGAGAACGCAGAGUCAAUGGCCAAGAUCACUGUUGACAGUCCAAAAUUACAAACGUCUGUAACAUGGAAGCUGGAGAAUAGCCAGAAAGGGGAACCAGCCGUAUCCAUGACAGCAAAUAACAAGGAUCGUCUGCGGGGCAUUGAAUUUUCGGAGGAAUGGCAGGACGACGACAUUCCAGGAAUGCCACCUACAGAGCAGGAUGACGACGAUGACUCGUCAGAAUCGUCAGGGUCAAGGUCGAGGCACAGCAGUGAUUCGAGUCGGGGAGAAGACGGACAAGUGAGACCGUCUAAUCUGACUGACCUUCAGAAGAAGAACAAGAUGGCUGCCAAUGACAACAUCCUGACAGAGGAUAUGGGCAGUGACCUUGACCCAGCACUACUAGGGGAACUGGAGUGGGAGAAUGAUACUCCAAUCAGAAGUCCCGCUGAACCUAUCCCACAAUACAGUGCUGAGGAGGAGCGGCAGGACGCUAAACUCUGGAGGCUGGUGGAAAUCUCCGGGCGAGAACAGAAGAUUGAUUUAACAAUCAUUGAACCAUUCAAGAGGGUUUUGUCUCAUGGAGGUUACUAUGGUGACGGCCUGAAUGCUAUCAUCGUGUUUUCUGGGUGUUACUUGCCUGACCGAAGUCGGAAGGACUACAACUACAUUAUGGACAACCUAUUCCUAUAUGUUGUCAGUACCUUAGAACGUCUGGUUGCCGAGGACUACAUGAUUGUUUACUUCCAUGGAGCCACGCCACGCAGACAGAUGCCAAGCUUCAGCUGGUUAAAGAAGUGUUACCAGAUGAUAGACAGAAGACUAAAGAAGAACCUAAAAGGUUUACUGCUGGUCCACCCAACCCUGUGGCUGAAGACCAUCGUCAUCAUGACAAGACCAUUCAUAAGUUCCAAGUUUAGCUCCAAGCUGCGGUUUGUGAGGUCCCUACAGGAGCUUGCUAGCCUAGUCCCAAUGGAGUAUAUCUACGUCCCGGACCACGUACACAAGUUUGAUGAUAAAUUAACAAAGCACUCCUCACAAGUAUCCACGACCACCUCUGACCCUCCACCUUUGACCCCCACAGGCCCUUGACCCUGUACCUGCCAAAGCUGAAGUUAUAUAUAGGAUAUUUGCCAUGAACAGAAGUCUGAGCUCAGUGGCAGAAAUAUACAAACAGAAAGGGAGGAAAAGGAAAGGAAUGAAGGAAAAACAGAAGAAAUGAAAGGAAGCAGUAAAGGAUAAAUAUAUGAUACAAUACACAGGACUUUGACACUAUAGUGAACAAUACCACAAUUAUAUUUCCAUAUUUUAUCCUUAUUUCUACGCAAUGUUGAUAGGUCUGUCCUAUCUUAGGAGUUGUUGUGUUUUAAAGACUUUGUUUUAAUUCAUUAUUACGCGUUAUGAUUAGAUAUAUCGGUAUACUUUGAUUACUAUGUGAUUUCCUUCUCUCACCAUGUCAUAACCACAAACACCAGACCUGGUCCUUACUGCUGUCACCCGCAAAUACUAAAUAUACAAUAGACCUGCUGUUCUCGUCACUGUAUCCGUGUCAUAACCACAAACACCAGACCUGUUCCUUACUGCUGUCACCCACAAGUACUAAAUAUACAAUAGACCUGCUGUUCUCGUCACUGUAUCCGUGUCAUAACCACAAACACCAGACCUGGUCCUUACUGCUGUUACCCACAAGUACUAAAUAUACAAUUGACCUGCUGUUCUCGUCACUGUAUCCGUGUCAUAACCACAAACACGAGACGUGUUCCUUACUGCUGUGAUACUGUCAUUAUAGAAUAAACUAGAGCUGUAAGCCACAGGGUUACCAACCCUUUGUUCAACCUUUUAAGUUUUAAUAUUUUUUUCAAGAAACCUUCGACAAACGUUGUAGUACAAAUGGAUACCGGGUUACAAGAGAGACGAAAAGGGUAAAAUGUAAAAAGUCGUGUAACAAAAAAUUGGCGUUUUGAUACCUGCUUGCCAACUCUCCCGAUUUUGGACCUAAAACUGAGCAUUUUCAUCCAUGGAAUUUGCUAAACUGCUAUUCCUAUUUUCAGCUCACCUGGCCCGAAGUGGAAGUUACUCUUAAGAGAAACUCCUUUUGGUUGCUACAUAUGAUAUGGAAUGGGAUAUACUUUAACUCUGAGUACACUCUUAGAUAUUAUAAUGAUGCGGUGGUACUCUUUGUCUUAACCUUUCACCACUGUAGACCAGAAUGGACUCAUCCAGAUAACUGUAUGGUACUAAAGUUACCUAGGGGUGAAAGGGUUAAGUUAGCAGUUAACAUUAAUCACAUUUUUUUUUCUUUUUAAAUUAUUUUGAACCAAAUUUCUCUUUUUAACAUGUUCUUGAAAAUUAUGAUUAUAUUUGUUAGCGAGCUUACCAAGCAAGCUUUAAAGACUGAACCAUACAUGUGUAAUGAUAUUGUAAACAAUGAUGCCAUAUGUGAUUUCAUGUGAAUUGCCAAAGAAUUAUAUUUUUAACAUUUCAUUUAUGUGUAGUCAAACCUUGCUAUGAAGUUGGUCUUUUUCUUAGAUUAUUGAAACUUAGGCCAAAAUGUGAAUGUCUUCCUCAGUGUAAUAGAAAGUGAAUCCCCCCUCAACCCCACCCCACAACCCCUACCCCACCCCGACCCCGACCCCGACCCCAACCAUGUCAGUCAAUAAACCUUGACUCUCGCUUUUUUCUUUCGUUCUCUCGUCUUUCGAGGUGAAAAGACGAAACAAGGAAAUGACACAACUCAGUCACCGUAGUUAUCAGACCGUGUGUGUUGUACAGGUUUUACAGAUGUAGUUUGUGUGAAUGUUUAACUUAUUCACCCCUGAAGACACAUUUGAACUCUUCCAAUUCAAAGGUUGGAAUAGCUCAUUAUAAAAUUUCAGGGGUGAAUGAGUUAAAUUCUUUCAUGUGAAAGAUAAAUUAUCCAUAGGCCCCAGGACCCAGUGUAGCUUUCCUAUGUUAACCUGUCCUGCUGAGCUGGUCACAGGUCAGUAUGAUACCAGUAGCUGUGUUUUGCUUGUUGAAUUAUGAAAUAUGUGCCAUUUUACCUGUGUUAAAUAUCUGUUACAAGUACACGGUUACAUAUGGUAUAUCAGAUGAAAAUAUGUCAUGUAAAGCUCACCUGGCUGAAGCUUGUGUGUUCAAUUAUGAAUAAGUAUAAACUUUGGCCACUAAUUACCUUAAAGAAGAUUGAAAUGCAGUUUUUUGAUGUAUGGUUUUCAGGACUUACCUGAAAAAUUACAGGUAUUUUCCUACAUCUUGUCAUUAAUAGAACUUUUCAUGAACUUUCUAGUGUAGCGGGAACUUUUUACCGAAGUUUAACUUAAGCCUUUUUUACCAAAGAGGGGAUUUUUUUUCAUGAGAGUGAAUAUUAGUACUUAACACGCAAUUUAUAGGAAUUACAUGUGAAGGGAGAAAUAAACUCUAGAUUAACGUAAAUUCUAUUGGUAAACGUUGAAUAUCUGACUGGGCCAAAGUAUUCAUGUACCACUUCAGUUUU